AUGACGGAGGAAUCUCACUCCCCUGGCCCCGGCUCCCCAGGCCCCGGCUGGCGCAUCCCUAAGGCAUGUGAAGAGUGCCGAAAGCGCAAGAUCCGUUGCAAUGGCUUAAAUCCUUGCAAAACGUGUGAGCGGCGAGAUACGCCUUGUGUGUAUCGAAGUUUCAUUCGACACCGCAAGAGGAAACAUGAGUAUCAGGAUGACAAUCUCAAGGACCGAACGCGUCUAGUGCCUUCUGCCUCUCCACAGCCAUCUAGGCAGUGGAGUUCGUCAAUAAUGAAGAAUUUCCCCAAUAGUGUUUCAGCGACGCACAUGGCCUCCCCAUCAUGCCCAAUGCAGCUUUACUAUGGAGCCACUUCGCACUUCGCACUCAUGCAACACAUCUAUCGGGACUUGGUCUCCAAUUCCACCGCACAUCCCCACCCAUCUGGCGGAGUAGAUGAAGCGGGUGCAGGUUUGGAGUUGUUCAGUUUCCGCCGUAUUUUCUUCGGCACUCCAGAUACUCACGAGACAGGCAGAUCAGGUCCUGGUGAUCUUCCGGUGAUGUUUCUGCCGUAUGAGACAGCAAAAAUGUUUCUCUCGCGUUUUCUUUCUUCUCUUUACAAUAUGAUGCCAUUUCGCCCACGGGCCUUUUUCGAGAACAGCCUGCUGCGACUUUACAAUCCAUCCCCAAGUUCUCAUCCCGACACUUUGUCACAAGCAACUAUUCUACUCGCUCUAGCAACUUCGUCCUUAGGGACGGAAUACUACGCAUGGGGAGAUAUUCUAUAUGAACGCGUCAAGGCAUUACUCAGAUCAUACGAUGACGUAGGUCGGCCAAAUUCGGCAUUCUUGCAACUUGGAUCGGCUGCCCGUAAAGCCCUCGCCGCUGGCCUACACAAAGAAGUCCCGUAUGGGGAGGUGCAAACUCCAGAGAUGGUUGAAGCUCGUCGUAUAACCUUUUGGUCUCUUUAUCUUUUCGAAACCUCUCUGGCAUUAAAAGAUGUUGCAAUCGAAUAUUCUCGUGAUCCAUUUGUCAGGGUACUAGUUCAUCUCUGCAAAACCAUAUCUCGUUCAACGGAGGAGAUAUACGGUCAACACCACGAGUCUUUGUUGCAUAUGUGGCGCGUCGCACGUUCAAUUCAUAAAGAUCUUCGAGAUCACGAAUUCUUCACACGCCAGACUUUGGGGUUUGGCCUUGACAGUGCGAUCCAGACCGGCUCUAUUGGUGUUCAGCAGACAAUAUUCACAACCUUAUACUAUCACACUUUGCUCCUUACAUUUCGGCCUUUCCUUAUAUUCCGCGGACACCUACAACGGGAACGAAAAUUGGCAGCGCAGCAGGCGGGUGGUCGUCCAUCCAGCCAUCCGGCUGAGAUUCCGCCCUGGUUAAAUGAAGCCUGUCAUCACGUGAUAAACGCCGCGCAAAAGACGAUUCACCAUUUGAGCGAAGCAUCUCGUCUGAAUGAUCUUGUCAGGGAACUGCGAUACCAUGGGUAUUUUCUUAGUAGCUCCGCAUUCACAUUGAUAUAUGAUCUCGUCCACGACCCUAAUGCGGCCUCUUCUUAUUUGCCAUGGGUCUAUGCAUCUUUACAAACUCUGUCCACGAUGAGAGAAGGUGAUCCCAUCACAAGCUCCAUAACUGCGAUUCAAACAACUCUCCAAAAGAUCAAUCCGUCGUAUGAAUGGUCGUCUGGUCGCAAACAUGGAGAGAGUUAUACGCAAACCCUUGGGACUAGUUCCCGGGCUCCUCCGCACACGUUUGCUAAUGAUAGCUCACCGACAUUCAAUGGCCUCGGCUUUCAACAGAGUUCAGCCCCGGGGUUGUCAUCCGGUGUGCCUUCUUCGCAUUUGAGCUUUCCUCAGAUCGAAGGCCCUGAGACUGGUCAUUCUGGUGGGUCGACUGAAGAUUUGCUGGACUUUACUCAAUCGGAUAUGGGAUGGGACUUUGAUUUUUCGACCAUGGAUCUCGAGGCCUUCUUUUCUGUAUAUCAGCCGACCGAUCCUCCACUUGUACCAGGCGGUGGUUUUCCAUGA